GUCAAAGAUGCAUUUGCUCAGCUGAUCUGAAUAUUUUUAUUUACAAAUGCCGGUUGCAAACAAACAAGAUUCGUUACUGUCGAUACUACUGAAACAGGUUUCUUCGGUUCCAUUGCAGCAAUUUUAGGCAUGAGAUAAAGAAAUACAAGAAAGUAUGCACUGAUAAAGGAUUAAACCAGGACUACGGUGCCGUCUUGACCCAGUAAUUCUUACACAGAUAUUAGUUGAACGUGAUUGCUUAUCAAGAUUCAACAAAGCUUAACAUAUCAACUUGGUAUAAUUGGAAGCAUGUCUGAGGAAACAACUAUAGAUGAUCUGCCCGAAGAGAUGCUGGAGACGAUCUUUUCACACCUGGACCUAGAAGACCGCAAAUCAGUAACCGCCGUCUGUCACCGAUGGUCCCGACUAGCUCUUCGCUGGUCAGAACUUCAACUGGAAGUGGAUUUCCGAAAGUGUGGCACGGAGGAAUCCUACCGGCGGACACUUCUAGUCAGCCAGCGACCGUACAGGCACUUGGUGUGCUACUUCGGCUACGAUUACGCCGUGGGCGAUUUGCUGCUGUACAUAUUGGCCAAAUUUAGUGAAAGUCUGGAAACGGUGAAGCUGAUACCGAACCAGUUUGUUCCGGUUGAACUUUCGUUCUUUGCUAGUCUAACUAAAUUAAGUGCUAAUCUUAAGAAGCUGCACAUCGAUGCCUGCAACUUUCGGGACAACUCGGAUGGCGAACUCGAGUUUCAUCCGCUCAACAAUCUCCAGGAUCUGUACCUGGAGAACAACCUGCUGGAUCUUCCGGGAGGACACGACAUCCGGGAGCUGACACCAAACAUCACCGCUCUUCACGUGCAAAUCAGUUACUACUCGGAUCGACCGCUGCACGUUCUCCGACAUUUUGGGCCCCGUCUGAAGGAGCUGGAAGUGUGGUUUCUAAGUGAAGAUCGCUUUCUGGAAGUCUGUUCAAUGGAAUUUCCACGCUUGCGAAAAAUCAACUUUUACUGUGUCGAUUGGAUAUUCCAGGAUGCAGACACGAUCCGGAUGGUGCAGCAGUUCUUCCGGAAGAGUCCCGAUCUACGGGAGGCCACUCUUAGGUGUAACAUGAUCACGCCGAUUCUGGCGGAUUUGGCUAAUAGCUGUCUAAAUUUAAGCUUCCUCUGUUUGAGUAUGGAAACUGUGUCGGCAGAUUGCUUCCGGUGGUUCAGUUCCCUGCGAAAUCUGAAGUCACUUCGCCUCGAAGACGCUACGAUAGAGUCACCCAACUUGGAACAAUGUCCGACACUGUCAAGUUUGCGUAAAAUAUCACUUUACUCAGUUAAAAUCACGAACGCACUGGACCUAAACCACUUCCUGUGUCGCUCGUAUCCGGCACUAAGCGUCCUAGAACUCAUCAACGUGACCACCUGUGGGUCAUUCCUGUACGAUCAGGUGGUACUUUCUUGCAACAUGGCACAACUGGAACUUUUGGUGUUGAUAGAACCGGAUAAAUCGAUCAAUUUGAUGCUCUUUGAAUACAUCGAUCUUCCCAAGCUGCGAGAGGUGAAGCUGAAGUUCAAAGAAUCUUAUUUAGCGAGCAUUCCAGUUGGAAAACAGCUCCGGAUACAGCACAUUACCAUGGAGCUCAGCGUAGUUAACGCGGAUACCUUCCAAAACAUUCGACUGGUGUUGCCAAAUCUGAAAAAACUGACACUGUCCGGAUGCUCAAGGAACGAUGUUCAAACCGCGCGGGAAAUACUCACUGGCUGUGAUGUACGCUAUAGGCGAAAAUGGCGCUUUGAAGAAGCAUUCUGAAAAAGUUUUGUUCGGAUUCGUUGAUCGAAAUAUACUUUGUUGUAGUUAGAGAAUUGUAACUGUUCAGGUAUAAAUUUUGUGCAUAAUAAGUUUACGCAAAGAGAUUGUUGUUAUAUACUUUUUUACUUGUGAAUAAGUAUAAUUUUGAUAACCUAUAAUACAAUUUUAAAAUAGCAGAGAAAUGUUGUUCUGCUUUACCAGAUUUGUCAAAUACAAGCAAAUUUCAAUGCUUCAUUUUUCACUGCCCUUACACCUACAUCUCACCCUUGCUCUGAGUCAGUACGAGCAACACGCUAGAACACGCUUUGAGUGUUCGUGCCAGGCAUGCACACCUUCUUUUCCGGUUACGCAUUUUAACUCGGCCGGGGGUGGUACAUUACGUAGGGUUUGAUGUAAGUAUAAGCGCCUAACCAUUUAUAGUGUGCCUAUCAACUUUCAUUAAAGCAAGUACUGUUUUAUUUUAGUUUGAAUUCAAAAACUAGUUGUUAUUUUACUGUGUAUUGUUUUCUCCUGAAAUCUUUCCUAGUGUUGAGUCGUGUUUCUGUUGCUAUUUCUUUUGUCGCGGUGUUUUGUUACAAUUUUUGGUCCUAAGCAUGUUAUAAAAGUUUACCAAAAGUACAAUAGUAAUAUUUGUGUUAAUCCAUUAACCAUUCCAUAAAUUGAGUAAGGGCUCAAACCUCACUUGUUUGAAAAAAGGGUGAAGAUUGAAAACAAUAGACAGUUAAAGAGAAUAUAUUUUAUAAAAAAUCAAGAAUCAAUAGUAAGAGAAUGUUGAUUUUAUUUUAAAGAAUAAAAAUGAGAAGCUGUAUGUAGUAGAUAUAAAAUUAGACAAUAGUUAAUAAA